GUUUUUUCUAUUUAUUAUUAUUAUUUUUUUUAAUACACAUAGGCAGAAGAUUUGCAUGGCGGCUGCGAAAGGAUGCCACGCAUAAAUCGAGGGGAAAGAAAGGAGAGUGUCAUCUCUUUGGUGACUGUCAGUGGCGAUGAGGGUGUGGGAUUGGGACUGUUUUUCAGCGUGGCACGUGGCAUCAUAACAAAGGUAGCGCGAGAGUUGACGCCUCGUCGAACAGGACUGAUUCAUCAAGUUGGCGAGAGCGGACGAACAGCCAACCUCUACCGGGAGGUGGAUUGCCACUGCCACAGACGGUGUCACACAUGGGGGUGUGCCACGUGUCAGUUUUUUAACACGCUUGCGGCGCCAUUUGAUAGUCUUCAUCUUCGCAGAAGCCAGCGGUGCGGGAUCAGCUUUGGUGUGCGCAGUGGUGGAUUGCAAAGAAACUGCGGGAGUAGGACAACCAGCCACUCUGGUGGAGAUCCUGCCAGAAGUUUGCAGAGAGCCGCAAUGCCGCCAGAGUCUACUGCCACCGUUGAUCAGGGAGAGAAAGUGUCAUCCAAUGAAAAUGUCGAAACGAUCUUGCAGUUCUGGUUCAGCGAUGACGCAAAGCAGGCUGAUGGACAAGGUCAGAUAGAAGCAGAAGCGCAGCCACAAUGUGGAGGAGCGAAUCUGGACAAGUUUUUUGUCAAGAAAUGGUUUAUGGGCGGUCCUGCUGUGGACCAAGUUAUCAUCCGACGCUUCGCAGCUUUGCAUGAAAAAGCCAGGAAGGAAGAACUGUCCUCUUGGGAAGACAAUCCCCGUAGUACCCUAGCAUUGCUGCUGCUUCUCGAUCAAUUCUCGCGGAAUAUUUACCGAGGCACAGCUCAGGCAUUUGACCAGGAUGAUCUGGCUCUUGAUGUGACGAAAAGGGGAGGGAACCUGAGGGGAGGCACAGGGAUUGGUCCUGUUGGCAUGGUCCCUGAUGCUACCGGCUGUCCCCUAGCUGAUAUCAAGAAUCAAAAUCUUGCUGUCGAAUAUGCGAAGAAGAUGGUGGAAGAGUGUCCUGCUGAUUUGAAGUCCAACUGCCAAGGCUUUCUGGCAUUUGCAGAAAAACAUAAAGUGGUUAUUGAGCGCUUCGGCAGGUUUCCGCAUCGAAACGUCAUCCUUGGCCGAGAAGCGACAGCGGACGAAACUGAAUUCCUGAAAGAACCAGGUUCGUCAUUCGGAUAAAUGGCAGAGCUAAAAGAGCUAAACGAGCGACAAGCGCUUAGCGGCAGGUUCGGCAUCCCCCGAUGGCGGGUAGAGGAGAGAGAACUACAAGGGAUGAGAGGAUGUGUGAAAGGACAAAAAACCACAAAAGUGGGUUAUUGAGCGCUGCGGCAGGUUUCCGCAUCACAUCGGAACGUCAUCCUUGGCAGACACUCGACACGAGUCGACAGCGCAUGAAACACAAUUCCUGAAACAACCAAGUUCGGCAUUCAGAUAAAUGGGCUGAGGAAAGUGCGACGCAAUAACGCACCUGGUCAUGCUAAUUACGCGACGUUCCGGAAAUCCAGACUUCCAGCUCACUGCGUUCAUUGCAUAAUCGGCAGAGGAUAGAGCGAAGCCAGGGAGUCGUCAGGCAGAGGAGGAUAAAUGGCAGAGGAGAGAACUUAAGGGAGUCUCUACCCAUCUGAAGGAAGGAAGUCUCUACUCAUUUAAUAAGGGAGUCGACGACGUGGAAAGGGUAUAAUAGUAAUACUAUAUACAUGUAUAUCAUGUGAGGUUCUGAAGUCAAGUCACCGUAUUUUUUGGCUCACACUCCGUUUACGACCACGAUACAACGAGAAGGAGAUCCACACCAAAAAAAUUGUAACUGCCAAUUUUCAAUUUUGUCUUCAAUGAUUUGAAGAGGGGGGCCAGAUGGGAAGGAGAGGUUCGGACGAGCGACAUUCCCUAUCUUUUCUUCAGACAGACUACAUGAUGGUGGUUGUGGACAGACAGGUGUAUCUUUUCUUUAGACAGACUACAUGAUGGUGGUUGUGGACAGACAGGUGUAGGAAAAGAAAGGGGCAUUCCAGUCUAUUUUCUAUUUUAUUUUUUGCCUGUCUGAAUGGACAGGCUCUUCAGGAAUCCAUUGCGUGAACAGACGGUUGUAGAAAAGACAGGCUAUACGAUGGUGGUUUAGAGUCUUUAGACGGGGGGAGGGAAAGAAAGGGGAGUAUGCCAUUCACACACAUUCUCUAUCUAUUUUUCACUAGUAUUUUGUUUUUACUCUAUCACGGAAGAUGUCCAUGCGAUGGUUUCAUCGCAGGUCAUCAUCCUGCUGCUGUGUACUUUGCCACCAUGAGGUAUGGACAAUGGACAUACAGAAACUGGUUCAGCGCCGUGAAGAACAGUGGAGUGUGAAGAACAUACUGUAUAUCAUGUAUAUGGUAUUCUGGUCUGACUGAUGUAUAAGGGGUAUGUGUCUCAUUGUACGAUGCGGGAGUAAUUGACUC